CAGAGUGGUGUUUGGAGCGUUGCCAUGUUUAGCUCGUCUAUGUACUAAGGAAAUGCCCGAGGACAUACGAGCGUCAGCCGCCGAAACUCUUGCCUAUUUAGCUGAAGUGGACACGGCGCUGCAACGCCUCGCGGCCAUAUCGAACCACCUGAUGAGUUCGCUGGCGGACAUCGUGACGUGCGAGUCGGCGGCCGCCAAGCAGGGCGCCUUCAAGUGCUUCGCCUCGCUCGGCGCCAACGACGAGGACAUCCGCAAGAUGAUCAUCGAGACCCACGGACUCAUGGUGCACGUCGUCGACGGCAUGAACAACUCCGAGCCAGCGGUGCGGUUAGCGGCAGUGAGGUGUUUACAUUCAUUGUCCAGAUCGGUGCAACAACUCAGAACCACAUUUCAGGACCAUUCAGUAUGGAAACCUCUCAUGCAACUCCUCACAGAUUCCCCGGCUGAGCUACUUACCGUCGGUUCAUCUACAUUGUGCAAUCUCUUGUUAGAGUUCUCACCCGCCAAGGAGCCAAUGUUGGAUCAAGGUGCUGUAGAAAUGUUGUGCAACCUAACGAAGAGGCCCGAGGCCGCGCUAAGGCUCAACGGCAUAUGGGCGCUAAUGAACAUGGCCUUCCAGGCGGAACAGAAAGUGAAGCAACGCAUCCUAUGUUGCUUGGGCACGGAGCAGAUGUUCAGGUUGUUGGGAGACAGUGACACGCGAGUGAUAAUGAAGACCCUGGGCCUGUUGAGGAACCUGCUGUCCACCAGGCAGCACAUCGAUGCUAUUAUGAGCGAAUAUUCCUCGCAAGUUAUGCAGGCUGUGAUAGUUGUGUUAGAGGGAUCUUACCCCGCGGUCAAGGAGCAAGCGCUGUGUAUAUUAGGCAAUAUUGGCGACGGCGAGAAAGCUAAGGAUCUCAUCAUGGCCAAUGAGGAUGUGCUAAGGAAGCUCGUCGACUAUCUGGCACAUCCCGAGAGCAAGUUACAGGAGGCGGCCGUGUUCGCGGCGGGCAACCUGGUGUGGCGCGGAGCGGGGGCCGCCGCCCGACAGGCGCGCCUCGCCGACCUCGGCGUGCUGCGCGCCCUGCGACACCUGCGCGCGCAACACCACGCCGACCACCUACACGAUAAAGUUAAGACGGCGCUGGCGCAAUUUAAUGAGUUCACAUAAUAUCACAAGAGCCACAAGCACAAGCGCUCGAGGAGAAAGUGACUGUCGUGCGAUGUGCUACAGGAGUGAGCUUGUGAUUAUAACGGUGACUACAGUGAGCUACCAAGUCAUAAUACUUAGGGGGAAACGACGACGCCAACCUCACCAUAGACAACACCUAUAUUGUACUGACGUUAGGAAUUGUGUACUAUAAACAUCACCCUAUAUACAUAGGAAAUCUUCGUACUAUUUAAUUUAAUUUCAAAUCAUAAUUGAUUUGGUGCCGUCGUGUUCCAAUAAUUAAUCAUGUAGAUUAAGAGUUGCAGCAUGCUUGCAUGCGUUGUCUCAGACUUGCGUAUUUAAAGUAAUCCUAUCGUAGAUCGACAUUGUGUCUGUUGUAAAUAUAUUUUCUUUACGCCCUAGAAACAAGUGGAAUGGUUCGAGGAGCAUUCGUAAAGUGUAAAUAUGCCGCUGGUAACAUGCCGAAACUAUUGCGGGCAGCUGGGUUGUCUGUAAACCUAUAGUUAAAUGUAAAUAGUUAAUUCAAGUGAUGCUACUAUGGGAAAAUUUAUCGAAUAUUAUUGCAUCACGUAGAUAUUCAUGUCAUGACUUCAGAUAAUCUCAAGAAUAGCGGUCGAACAAAUGCAUUACCAACGACAGAGGUGCUACAGUUCCUCGCAAUUAUUUUGCAUUAACUAGCGAUAAUGUAGUGAAACUACUCUAGUUAUUUAUUACGUAGUCAAUGCGGGCAUACGAAAUCAUAAUAGUGAAUAUUUCGAUGUGAAAUCUCUAUACUUUUGUGUAUGAACUAUGAAUAUAAAGGUAGUAUUUACAUGUUGCUUUA